AAUUAAUCCGUUUUACCAUGCGAAUAUAGGCUUCUAUGUUUGGAAUUAUUCUUAUUUCAGCCUUAGUGCUGGCUUAAACUAAUGUGGAAUUGAGUGAGAUUGAAGCCAAUCCCAUACCUACAAUGGUUAAUUUUGAUGGCUAUCAAAGAAAUGCCGAUUAAACAGAAUAAGAGCAGACGCAUUUUGAUUUCGCUGACUCUUUCACUCAUUCAAACACUGAGACGAUUUAAAACGUUGAAAACAAUAAAUCUAUUGAAGAUCCUAAUAAUUUUUUUUUAGACAAUCAGAAUAUUUCCACUCUAAAUUCUGAAAUAACUUCAAUGUCCACCAAUGAAAAUUAAAUUUAAGGUUCAAACGAUAUCCCACAAUUAGAUAUGAUUGAUACUGAAGGUACUUAAGUACUUAGCUAAUAAGAUUUAAAUAACAUAUCUGAAACUCAAUAGAAUGCUGAAAACUCAGAUUGCAUAGUAAUCUAUUCAUAAUGUCAUUACAAAGGAGAGUCACUUAAAUUAUGCGAAUCCCAAAGAGAUAUUGACAAUUUCGACCAUGACAUUAGAUCAAUUCAAAUACCCAAAGGAUAUUCAGUGAGACUGUAUAAUAAGGAAGAUUUCACAGGAGAGAAAAUCAUAUUGAAGGAAAGUCAAGAAUGUCUGAUUAAACCAUUAGCACUUACAUAGUUGUAUGAGAGGUAAUCUGAUAAAUUUACGAUCCUGGCUUAAAAUUUGAAUUUAAGGGGAAUCUGAUUGGGAAAUAUUCAAUUAAAUCAAAUUCAUAAUUAUACAA